UCUGGGUGGGCAACAAAACAAACCAUUUAAAAAUUUGUAAUUUCAAGUUGAAUGAAAUAUCUCGCAAAAUGAUAUGAAAAAUAGUUCAAUAAGUCAAACAACCAACUGAAUUGAUUACUACACGUCAGUAUACAAUUCCUAAAAACGCAGGCACGCUGAAGAAUCAGCAAAAAUGAGCAUCCGAUCAACUCUAUCAUACACCUUCUCAGUCUUGGCCCUGCUAACCACAACAGUCCUGGUGCUGUACCACAUCCUCACCGGCAAAGGGGAGCGAAUCAGCGUGGGAUGGUUCCUCCAGAACACCGCGCCCCACAUGUGGUGCUGUUUGGGCAUAGGCCUUUCUGUCUCUCUAUCAAUCGCAGGGGCUGCUGUGGGUAUCCACACGACUGGCGUUAGCAUCGUGGGCGGGGGAGUUAAAGCCCCCCGAAUCAAAACCAAGAAUCUGGUCUCGGUGAUUUUCUGUGAAGCCGUGGCCAUUUAUGGCUUGAUCACUGCCAUUGUCUUGUGUGGGUACAUGGAGAAUUUCACUUAUGAGAUUGUUACUAAAGAUGAGGAGCUGAUGGGGAAGAAUUGGCUAGCAGGUUAUACUAUGUUUGGAUCUGGGCUAGCAGUGGGAAUGGUGAAUCUCUUUUGUGGUAUAGCUGUGGGUAUUGUAGGUUCAGGUGCAGCUUUGGCAGAUGCUGCUGAUAGCUCUCUUUUCAUCAAGAUCUUGGUGAUUGAGAUUUUUGGGAGUGCUAUUGGUCUUUUUGGUCUGAUUGUGGGUAUUUACAUGAUAUCCAAAGUUCAGAUGGGGGAUAUAAUGCACUAAACCAUUCAAUCUAUGACUAAACUGAAUGUUCUUAUCUAGUUUGAAUUCAUUUUCAUUAUUUGUGAUAAAAUUAGCAUAGUCUGAGUGGAACUGAAUGUUAGCUUUAAUCAGAAAUAGUAUGUGUUAUUUAUUAUUUAAAUUUACCAUUUUUAUAUAUUCCAUUUUUAAAUAUUUAUUGACCAAAUGAUGCUCUACUAAUGUGCAAUGAAUAUCUGUUGUCAAAUCAGUACAUUCCUCAAUGUAGUAGAAGCAUGUAUAGGUUAUUGACUGUCAUUAGAAGACAGCUAUCAUCAUUUGUGAUAAGGGGUUUUAGUCAAAACUGUAAUCUCUGCCAUUGAUCUGAACAAAUAAGUUGCAUUUUAAGUUUGAUUCACAACCUCUCUAGUAUGACUGAUUAUGUCUAGUAUUAUUUUAGACCUGUUUUAUUUUAGUUGUAAGAUCAGUUGAACUUGGCUUUAUUUUAUUAUUUUGAGAAUCUUUGUUUAGUUAUUAUUGUGAUUCACUAUAUGAAUACUAUAGUGUAUAUGAAAUUCCUUCAAUGUAUUAUUCCAAAUAUGAAUCCCAAAAAUAUAUCUCCAUAUCAAAUAUAUUUAUAUUUUAUUUCCCACCUCACCUCCUUUAAUGGAAAUUGAGUAUAAACAUGAUGAGGAAAAGUGAAAUAAGAAAGUCCCUUGGAACAAAAAGAUAAAAUUGAUUUAAUAAAAAAAGUGUUGAAAAUUUAAUAAAUACAAUAUAGCAGAUAAUAUAAUUAAUACUGUGUUAAUUGGACAAUAUCUUCAGAUAUUUUUCAAAGAAUUUGUAAUUUUCUGACCACAAUUAAAACUCAUAUUACAUUAGGUAGAUGUAUAACAAAAAUCUUCCACAUCUACUACCUACUUAGUCUUAGUACUUACAUAUACACAACAUACAAUAAGCUCCAAAAACAAAUUUGUUGCUACAAAUGACAAUCAAUAUGAUAUAGAUAAAAUUAAAUCAGUAGACCCAAAUAAUAUACAUACUCAUCAAAUCUCAUUGCAUAGGGUCAAUAAAUAAAAUCCAUAUACCAAGAUCUUGGUUUAGUACUUCUGAAUUUAUAAAAAUACUCAACAAUUAAGAUUUGAAAACCUGGAAUACUGAUUCAAAUGUACCAAUCAGUAUUCUAGAUUUUCAAAUGUUAAAUAUCAAAUGGUUUUUAUAAACUCACCUUUAGUUAAACUGCUGUCUCCUUCUAGCUCUCUGCUUGUCAAAUCUCAACUCCAUUUCUUCAAGUACCUUUGGUGUAUACCUAACAACUAAUUUAACAGAUCCAUGAGCUUGCUUCAGAAGCUCAACAGCUUUUUCAUGAUUUUCACCAUCAACAGACUGAAAAAAAAAACGAGCUAACCUCAAAAGAAUUAUUAUUGUGGAUAUCAACUCACCACUCCAUUUACACUCAGAAGUUGGUCCCCCCUUUUCAAACCCCCAUGCCUGUCUGCCACCCCUCCUGGUAUAAUCCUAGAAAUAUAAAUGGGUGAAUUUUGCUCUUUGCCACCCAUCACGUUGAACCCCAGUCCUUCGUCAGUCUUGGGCAACUCGACCACUCUGGGAUGAGCGUGGCCUUCACUGGCUGCGAAUGCGGCGACAGUGGCUUUAGCAGUAGCCGAAGCCCUAACGUCUUGAGACCCCUGGAUGUCCACGGUCUCGUAGACGUGCUCAUAUACCUCUCGGACAGCGUUCAGGAAGUCGCUCUGGAGGACUUUUUGCAGGGCUGCGAGCUUCGUGGCCGGGACUUCUCCGCUUUUUUGAAGCUUCUCGAGGAGCUCUAUUGAC